AUGGCGACCCCAACCGAGACCUUGAGCCAAGCUACCACCAUCCAGGCAAUCUCCUCCACCUUCCCCCUCCUCAAACCCCAGCCCGCCAUCGUGGUCGAAAAAACCCCCGACUGCGGGCGCAAGCUCAUCUCCAAAUGGUUCAAGCGCCCCUCGGAGCCAUCAGAAUACGACUUUCCCGAAAAGCUCGCGGAGGAAGGCCGCGUGGAAGACACCUCGACGAAAAAAAGUACCCGCCGGUUUAAAUUACGCCGGUGUGAACUCUGCCGGUGUGAACUCUUUGGGGAAGAUUGGCAGGAGACCUGGACCAUCAAUGGCCUGCUCCUCAUUUUUGGCGGAGUUGGGUUGUAUCUUCUUUGGAGGCUGUUUGUGCAAUCGGAGUUUAUAUAG